UUCCAGGUUUUCUCCCCAUCCAACAAAACCUUUACGCAUCACAAUCUGCACCUCCUAACAACCGUACUGUAAAUCAUCAUGGAUGCUAUCGCGUCAAUGGACGUGGCCAUUGUCGGUGCUGGUGCGGCUGGCCUUACCGCUGCCUAUGAUCUCAUUCAAAACGGCAACAACCUGAAGGUAAAGAUUCUGGAAGCAAGAGACAGAUUUGGAGGCCGUGUCAAGGCACUGGAGGACUUUGCUGUUUGGGACUCGACAGGUAUCAACAGCAGCAGCAGUAGCAGCAGUGUACCGAUUGAUUUGGGUGGAGAAUGGUUGCAUGGCGAUCCUUCCAUGUUGGACGACAUUGCUGGUUAUGCAGUCAAUGUCGAGACGAUCGAUUGGCGUCCGUACUCGUACCGCUACAACCAAGACGAUGAUUCCUGGUGGUCACGCUUGUGGUUUACCACGGACGAUCACAAGUUUGUCAACUCGACCUGGUACGACUUUUUUGAUACGUACAUUGCCACUCCUGCCGUCAAGGAACAAAUCGUAUACGACUGUGCUGUGGUCACGGUGGAUUAUUCGACGGCUCCGGUAGUGUUGGAAUGCGCCGAUGGACGCACAUGGACGGCCCAACAAGUGAUACUCACCGUACCCGUGCCGAUACUGCAACAAGACAUUACGUUUAUACCGCCAUUGCCCGACUCGCAUCGUCAAGCCAUUGAGAACCUGGAUAUACUGGCAGGGCUCAAGGUGAUUCUCAAAUUCCAAGAAAAGUUCUACUAUGAUGCCUUUACCAUUGAACCCUGGGACUUUGCCGCGGAAAGUGGACGUUUCUUUUACAAUCCAUUCCAUAAUCAACCACACGACAAUGCCGACCCCAAGAAUAUCCUCACGAUUGAUAUCUCGGGACUAUUCGCAGAGCAGUACAUUGAUUUGACAGAUGAUGAGAUUGUCCAAAUCAUGAUUCAAGAUUUGGAUGCCGUCUUUGGUGGCAAUAAUAAUGCCAGUACCAAUCUGUUGGAUUCCUUUGUCCAAAACUGGAGUACCCGAAACUAUACACGGGGCGUCUUUUCCGGGAGCAAUUGGCGAUCCAUCAUGACGUUGCGAGAACCCGUUGAGGAAGUCAUUAUCUUUGCCGGGGAAGCCAUUCCCUAUCGAGACUUUGAUUGGGGCUAUGUGCACGGGGCAGCGUUCAGCGGGAGAGCCGCGGCAGACUUGAUCACUGUCACGGCGUCGCCGACCGUCUCUCCUUCGAUGAUGUCAGACAACAACUCGACGACGACGACGAGUGCGUCCAUCAUUAUGGCCGGGAGAUCUGGAGAAUGGCCAUGAGCUAAUAGGGUUGCGGACAAACAGCCACGGCUGGUUGCGGGCCGAAGAUUCGAGGAUUUGCCAGUGGCUCGUGCAGUGAUGUUACCUUUCAGCUACGGCGGUACGGCACAUAGACAGCUCAAGUCCAUUGCAAUUAUCGGCUGAAGGACAAAGCAGUGUGGCGUUCAACCGUAGCUUUGUAACAAGAUGUCUAGCUAGCCAGUUCGACUCUCGGGUCUUGUGCUAUAGCAUUAUACUCUACUACCAUACCGAGAAGCACUUGGUUAUUCCAUUGCUUGAG